UCCGGUAGAGCCAACGUAUCGGCAUGAAGUAGCUUUUUACCGUAUCUUUGUCGUCCGUGAUCUUGGUACAUUUUAGAAUCUUUCCACUUGCUUUAUGUGUGGUCAUUGGCAAAAGUGGAACCCGUAAAAAGUCAUGUCAUUUUGAAUUCUGUAAACAUCUGAUAUGGCGACGUAUAAACGAACGGAGGGAAUGGACUCCUCUAAAUCGCCAAGAAGUUCGAAACACCAUCAUUCAAGAUCACGGUCAAGAUCCAGAGAACGAAAACGUGACAAGAAGCACAGAAGUCGGAGCAGGAGCAAAGAGGCACGGAGGAAGGACUCAGAGGACCGGCCCUCAAAGCCGCGGAAGCCGGAGGAGAGACAGGAGCAGGCGGAGCGGGUGAAGGAGCGGCUCUCUGAGAGCGGGGACGAGCGGCACCGGCGGAAAGGCGGAGCGCCGCCGCGGCGUAGGAGCCGCUCCAGAUCGCGUUCCCGCGACAGACACCAUCGCAGCCGGAGCAGGGACCGCAAGCGCUCGUGUUCCCGCAGCCGGGAGAGACGUUCCCGGAGCCGUGACCGGAAGCGGCGGCCGAGGUCCCGCUCCAGGUCCCGCUCCAAACACAGACACAGGAGUCGAAGCCGCAGCAAGAGCAGGGAAAGGAAGAAACGGAUCGAGCGACCACGAGCAUGCAGCAAGAGCCGCAGUAGGUCAGUGAGUCCCCUGGUUUUCCCGGGGAGAAACACUGCAAUGGACGCCCAGGAAGCCUUGGCCAGAAGGUACUACAGCUGCUUUAAUGAACUAUUGGAAAGAGCAAAGAAGCUCCAGGGACAGAAGGAGAAGGAACUGCAGGAGAUCCAGAAGCGGCAGGAGCUUGUCGCCGGCUGUGUUGGCAAUCUGACGGUGCCUGGCAGUUUGGCGGUGCCUGGCAACCUCCCAGUGCCUGCCGGUCUCUCCGUACCCAGUGGUAUGCCAGUGCCCGGCGGUCUGCCGAUGUCCGGUGGUCUGCCGAUGCCCGCCGGUCUCAUGAUGCCCGCCGGUCUCACGAUGCCUGCCGGUCUCACGAUGCCUGCCGGUCUCACGAUGCCGACCCCUCUCAUGUGCGACGCCGCUGCCACUGCGGCUGCGGGAAGCUCCAUCCUCAACAUGGCCGCCCUCCUGGCCGCGGGCACGCAGGUCACGCCCCAGAUCGCCAUGGCGGCUCAAAUGGCCGCCAUGCAGGCCAAGGUGCUGGCGGAGACCGGCAUGUCCGUGCCCAGCUUCUACAACCCCUCCGCUGUCAACGCCGUCAAGCUAGCGGAGCAGGACAAGAAGAGGAAGAUGCUUUGGCAGGGCAAGAAAGAAGGGGAUAAGUCACAGACCGCUGAGCUGUGGGAGAAACUAAGCUUUGGAAACAAGGACCAAAAUACGAAAUUCCGCAAGUUGAUGGGCAUUAAAGAGGAAGGCGGCGAUGCGCCGGGGGCGAUGGAUGAGGAGAGCCUGAAGACGCUGCGGCAGCAGGAGGAGGUGUUCCGUAACCUGGACGUGCAGUACGAGAUGGCCCGGUCACAGACGCACACCCAGAGGGGCAUGGGGCUGGGCUUCUCCUCUUCCUUCACCUCGCGAGGGAUGGACAUGCUAUGAGCCGUCAAGCCCCGUCUCUCUCUGUCUCUCUCUCUCUCUCUCCAGCUCUCUCGCUCUCACUCCGUAUAGCUCCACCACAGUGCUGAAGUGUUCCAAGCGCUUUUUUUAUGUUGUAGUCGACAAGCUUGCAUGGAUGUUGCACUGAGUAUAAUUUAUUAAGAGGAAGAAAAAAAAGCAUUUGUACAUUUUUUUUUUUUUUUUUUUUUUGUAGAUAGUGGAGUGCUAACCAUAACUGGAUUCUGUACAUUGUCAGAAUUACACGGUUUGUUUGUUCAGACAGACAAUGGGGGAGGGGCAGACUGGGAAUUACAUUGCAAUCACCCCUGCCCCCCUUUUCCUAUUGUACACAUUUUCUUUGGUUUGAACACCUGGUUUUUAAAUGCUAUAAUUAUACAUUGAUUGCCAGGAUUAUAGAGGAUAAUAAAUAAACAAUACUGAAUUACA